AUAGUUGACUAUAUCCAACAAUUAGUACCAUAGCUAGCGAGGCAGACCAUAAAGGAGAGCGAGAGAGAGAAGGAAAAUAAUGGAAAAAGAGCUCAUAGCAAUGGCAACAAAUAUGAUAGCCUCUGUGUUUCUUGCUGGGUUUUUAAUGGUUUUUUUAUAUCUCUAUGAGUGUUUGUUUUUGAAGCCAAAAAGACUUAGAUCAAAGUUUGAGAAGCAAGGAAUCAAAGGGCCUUCACCAUCAAUUUUCUUGGGAAAUAUACCAGAAAUCAAGAAGAUCCAGCUCAAGCUUCAAAACUCUUCAUCAUCAACAAAAACAACAAAACCAGCUCAUGAUGAUCAUCAACCAGCCUCUAAUUCUUUCAUUCCUGUUAUUGUCCAUGACUGGCCUUCAACCAUCUUUUCUCAUCUUUAUCAAUGGCUAGCUCAAUAUGGGCCGAAUUUCAUAUAUUCAACAGGAAAUAUACAUCUCUUGUGCAUCACAGAUGCAGAGGUGGUGAAAGAACUAAGCCAUUGCACAUCUUUGAGCUUAGGGAAGCCUUCCUAUCAGCCCAAGGAACGUGGGCCACUAUUGGGCCAGGGUAUUGCAACUUCAAAUGGGCCUAUUUGGGCCCAUCAAAGAAAGAUUAUUGCUCCUGAAUUUUACUUUGACAAGGUUAAGGGCAUGGUGAACAUAAUGGUGGAGUCUACAUCGUCCAUGCUAAGAUCUUGGGAGACUAAAAUCAAAAGUGAGAAAGGAGGAAUUGCAGAGAUCAAAAUUGAUGAAGAUUUGAAAAACUUAUCAGCAGAUAUAAUUUCAAGAGCCUGUUUUGGAAGCAAUUAUUCACAAGGGGAACAAAUUUUCUUGAAACUUAGAACCCUCCAAAACAUCAUGUCCAAGAAAUUCAAUGGCAUUCCUGGUUCAAGAUAUAUGCCAACCAAGACCAACAGAGAGAUUUGGAGAUUAGAGAAAGAGAUCCAAACAAUGAUCUUACAACUGGUAAAACAUAGAGAAGAAACAACUUAUGAGAAAGAUCUUUUGCAAAUGAUUUUGGAGGGUGCCAAAAAUUAUGGUGAUAUUGAUAGGCAGUGUUUGGGAAUGACUCGGGACAAGUUCAUAGUAGAUAACUGCAAGACUAUUUACUUAGCUGGCCAUGAAACCAUCGCUACCACGGCUUCAUGGAGCUUGAUGCUUCUGGCUGCAAAUCCAGAAUGGCAAGCUCGUGCUCGAGCUGAGGUGCUCAAGAUUUGCAGGGGAGGCAUUCCAGACGCCGAUAUGCUCCCGAGCAUGAAAACACUUUCAAUGGUGAUUUAUGAAACACUCAGACUCUACCCACCAUCAGCUUUCGUCAUAAGGGAAACUUUUCAAGAUAUCAAACUCAAAGACAUUGUGAUACCAAAAGGGACUAACAUCCAGAUUCCAAUAGCAAUUCUGCAUCAUAUUCCAAAUCUAUGGGGUCCUGAUGCCAAAGAGUUCAAUCCACAAAGGUUUCAGAAUGGAAUACCUGGAGCUUCCAAAAUUCCUCAGGCUUUUAUACCAUUUGGAGUUGGAACUCGAAUUUGUGUUGGCCAGCGCUUAGCCCUCACACAGCUGAAGCUGAUUCUAUCUCUUAUACUUUCCAACUUUUCUUUCUCUCUCUCACCUUCAUAUCAACAUUCUCCCACUUGCAGGUUAUUUAUUGAACCUAGAAAUGGAAUCAAUCUCCAAGUAAGAAGAUUGUGAGUGUGUG